UCGGGAUUCUGCAUGCGGCUUAUCAUAAACAUGCAUUUGUGACUCCUGGCACGAGAAUAUUAAGAUAUUUUCGGAUUUACUUUUUCCAACCCAAACACACCCUUAACUUUUUCAGUGGCAUGCUUAUUUAUUGAUCAUGGAUCCUCUUUACAUCACUUGGGAAAACUCCACCAAUGGUUCACGUGUGAAUGACACGGAUGUUUUCUCGAACCAGUUCGUUCAGCCGGUCUGGCAGGUGGUUCUGUGGGCCGUCGCGUACUGCUGUAUAGUUCUGGUGUCGGUGGUUGGGAACAUCACUGUCGUUUGGAUCAUUUUAGCACACAAACGCAUGAGGACCGUCACCAACUACUUUCUGGUGAAUCUCGCGUUUGCUGAAGCGUCUAUGUCCGCUUUCAACACCGUCAUUAACUUUGUGUAUGCGGUACACAAUGAUUGGUACUUCGGUCUGGUUUACUGUCAAUUUCACAACUUCUUUCCCAUAGCAGCAGUCUUCGCCAGUAUUUACUCAAUGACAGCUAUAGCACUGGACAGGUAUAUGGCUAUCAUCCACCCACUCCAGCAGCGUCUGUCAUCCACUGAGACUAAGUUAGUAAUCGGGGUGAUCUGGGCUCUGGCACUGUUGCUGGCUUUCCCUCAAUAUUAUUUCUCCAGCACCGCUAAGCUGCCAGGACGAGUCGUGUGCUACAUCAACUGGCCAGAGUACAACGUGUGGGAUUUUCAGAAGAUGUAUUAUGUCUGUGUGGUUAUUCUCAUCUACGUUCUGCCUUUGAUGGUCAUGGGAUGUGCGUACCUGGUGGUGGGCUGCACUCUGUGGGCCGGUGAGAUUCCCGGAGACUCCUCGGAUCGCUAUCGAGAGCAGCUAACCGCCAAACGAAAGGUGGUGAAGAUGAUGAUUGUGGUCGUGUGCACCUUCGCUGUCUGCUGGCUGCCGUAUCACGUCUACUUCCUGUUGCAUCAGUUCUUUCCCAACCUGUUUGAGGAACGUUACAUCCAACAGGUGUAUUUGGGAAUUAUGUGGCUUGCAAUGAGCUCUACGAUGUACAAUCCCAUCAUCUAUUGUCUGCUCAACGACAGGUUUCGAGCUGGAUUUCAGCAAGCAUUCUUCUGGUGUCCAUGCGUUCAUCGAGUCACACAUGAAGGUCUGGAGCUCAAAUCAACUCGAUAUCUACAGACCCAGGCGAGCAUCUGCCGCACCAGCCGAAUGGAGACGACAAUAUCCGCGGUGAUGCCGGCUGGAGAGGUCAACCUGCAAGAAAAUCAAAAUCGAUUUUCAAUAGAUCUCACAACCAACGGUUCUUCACGGAGCGCAUCCAAGACUGUAUCAGAGUCCUCCAGCUUUUAUUCUAGUAAUAACUUAGCUUUGUAAAUGCUUUCAGUGUAUUUCUAAAAAAGAUUCACGUUGUAGGGAUCAAGAUCAGAGGUCCAACAAACGAAAAGAGAUUUCCAGGUUGACUUGGAUGAAGGCUAAUGUGUUUAGUAUAUCAUACAUACUCUCUAUUUUGUUUUUGGUGAACUACCUAAAACAGAAGGACAUUUGAUAUUCUUCAAGAACAAUAUUUUCUUGUCUCUUGUUGCAUUCGAGCGACAGUACUGAGCAGCUGACCGGCAAUCAUCCCCAGAGGAAUUUUCCUGACAAGUACUUGUUCCAGCAUUCCAGGAUUCCAGGAUUUGUUUAGGAAACCAGACCAGCUGAUGCCCCUAGCAACUAUUUGUCAGGCGUCCAUCAAGGUUACAGCGAUUUGUUGGUGAUAUGAUAGCCAUGCAGAAGGGUUCGCACCUGUUGCCGAAUAUUACUGCACUACAAAGGCGACAAAAGAUUUGUAUUGAAGGCUCGUGGUAUAUAUAGCACAGAGAGGAGGGAUAAACAGACAGUAUACAAAUAUAGCAGCCUUCUAUUAUGUAAUUAUAUUAAAGACUUUGUGUAUUUUAAGCAUGUUGAUAAGCAUCAGUACUGCCUUUGCCUAAUAGAGGACACACUAAUAUCAUAUGUUUAAAAGUUUGUAUAUUUCCAAAACUGUGUCUUCUGUAUUAAAAAUGAUGUUUUUGCAGCGACGGAUUAGACAGAGCAUCAUCUUGACGUCUGUGUGUAAUAUUGUUUGUGCUUUACGUGCCUCUUUCAGCUGUAAGGCCGAGUAAAAUUGUAGUGGCUCUCGCUUUGUGGCGCAGGUGCGAGCGCUGCUUUGAUGCGUCCAGAGGAACAAAGAUUCGCCAGUACUGCACCUUUUGAACUGCUUCACAGCUGCAUGCAUUACUGCGAUAUCUCAACCCUUCUGACAGACACGUGUUUAGAGUCGCGCUGUGCUUUUAGACUGUUAAAGGUGUCGUAUACAGAGCCUUGCUUAGAUCUGAUUCAACAUACUGCACUGUCAGAAGAAUUGGGAAAAAAUUGUGCCUAGCUGUCACCAGGCCGGUCCCCAAAAAGUACACCUAAAGAAUUCAUAUUAUUACCUCAGAAUAUUGCAAAGAGUUUAUACUAGUACUUCAAAGAUACAUAUAAACAUCUUUACAUAAAUGGUACAUGUUGGGACCUUUAUAAAGAGUACUGUCCCAGUGACAGCUUCGGACCAUUUUUUGAAAUAUUUUCCUGCACUGCAAAAAAUUA